GAAGGUUCCUUCACCGCCAAAUAAACAUGGCAGAGUCAGACCACCUUUUUUCAUGGCCUCCCAGCUUAGAUUUGAUUUUAACGUGUCGUUUCUUUCGUUUUCUCAUUAAUUUUAUGGAGUCUUUGACAUCAAGCACACAUGUUUUCUCCUCGUGAAAAAAGAAGGAAGUGGGAAUCUGUAAAUUUUAAGAAUCAAUUACAAAUGAGACCUGUGCUUUAAAGGUUAGUAUUUUCCAUCUUCUUCAAUGCCAUUUCUUAGUUUAACUCUAACUACUAUCAACCUUCAAUAUAAAGAUGCCCCGGUCCCAUCUCCUACGAUAACUCCCAAACCCACCACGUAUCGGAGUCUUUCAUCAAAACCAAGGCUAAGAAAGCAUUUCAAAACUACCGGCAUUUUCCACUUUUCUAAGACCCAAGACCUUUCUACCUCUCUUCUUGCUAAUUCCGCUUCUGGGUUUCACCGUUUUAAGGAAAUGGUGAUGGUUUUUGAUGGUUACAUCGUUGGGACGUUUUUGGUUUCCCUUCUUGGCUUUGUUUUUCUUUUCAUUUUGCGGCAUAAUAAUAACAGUAGAAAGAAGAAAAUUGAGAAAGGUUCUAGGGAAUUCAAGAUCCAAACCGAUGCUGUUAGCGGAACCGAAAUAGGAGAAUGCUGGCCGGAAAAUGGUUCCAGCACUGACGUCAUCAUUGUCGGUGCCGGUGUUGCUGGUGCUGCUCUGGCUCAUACACUUGGCAAGGAUGGAAGGCGUGUUCAUGUGAUAGAAAGAGACUUGACAGAACCAGACAGAAUUGUUGGAGAACUGCUUCAGCCAGGAGGAUACCUUAAAUUAGUUGAAUUGGGCCUUGAGGAUUGUGUGAAGGAAAUUGAUGCCCAGAGAGUGCUUGGUUAUGCUCUCUUCAAGGAUGAGAGAAAUACUAAAUUGUCAUAUCCCUUGGAGAAAUUUCAUGCAGAUGUAGCUGGGAGGAGCUUCCAUAAUGGGCGUUUCAUACAGAGGAUGAGAGAAAAAGCUAGUACUCUUCCCAAUGUACGACUAGAGCAAGGAACAGUAACAUCUCUCCUUGAAGAAAAUGGGACAAUUAGAGGGGUGCAGUACAAAACUAAGGAUGGUCAAGAACUAAGAGCUUAUGCUCCUCUUACUAUUGUAUGUGAUGGUUGCUUUUCAAAUCUGCGUCGCUCUCUUUGCAACCCCAAGGUGGAUGUGCCCUCUUGUUUUGUGGGUUUGGUCCUAGAGAACUGUGAACUUCCAUUUUCAAAUCACGGGCAUGUUAUCCUAGGAGAUCCUUCACCAAUCUUGUUUUAUCCAAUCAGUAGCACAGAGGUUCGCUGCUUGGUCGAUGUGCCUGGGCAGAAAGUACCUUCCAUUGCUAAUGGUGAAAUGGCAAAUUAUUUGAAGACCAUGGUGGCACCACAGGUUCCACCUGAGCUUCGUGAUGCCUUCAUAGCUGCUGUUAAUAAAGGUAAUAUUAGAACCAUGCCAAACAGAAGCAUGCCAGCUGAUCCUUAUCCGACUCCUGGAGCACUUCUAAUGGGUGAUGCUUUCAACAUGCGUCAUCCUUUAACUGGAGGAGGAAUGACUGUGGCAUUAUCUGAUAUUGUUGUACUUCGGGAUCUUCUUAGGCCUCUGCAUGACCUGCAUGAUGCAGCUUGCCUGACCAAGUAUCUUGAAUCAUUUUACACAUUACGCAAGCCUGUGGCAUCUACAAUAAAUACUCUGGCUGGUGCCCUAUAUAAGGUGUUUUCUGCUUCCCCUGAUCAAGCAAGGAAGGAAAUGCGCCAAGCCUGUUUUGACUAUUUAAGCCUCGGUGGUAUCUUUUCAACAGGGCCAGUGGCUUUACUCUCUGGUCUAAACCCUCGCCCAUUGAGUCUAGUUCUUCAUUUCUUUGCUGUGGCAAUAUAUGGAGUUGGUCGCCUGCUCCUACCAUUUCCUUCACUUCGACGCAUGUGGAUUGGAGCUAGGUUAAUUGCGACUGCAUCAGGUAUUAUUUUCCCCAUAAUCAAGGCAGAGGGAGUGAGGCAGAUGUUCUUCCCUGCGACAGUUCCAGCACUAUAUAGAGCUCCUCCCGGUAAUUGAUAUGCCCCAUCAUGGUAGCUUAAGCUCUCUAGCACCCAAGAUUAAAAUGCUAGAACUGCCUUCGUCUUUUGCUUAGACAGACCAGUGCAUGGUAAAUGUAUAUGGAGACACUGUACGGCUGUGUUAGAUUAGGUACGGCUAGGAACUAUUCUUUCAUUAUAUGAACAAAAAUUCUCCCAAACUGAAAUGCUUUAAUUAAAAAA